GGAUGGGUGCCAAAGCUUCAGCUGCACAUGCCGGCCGAGGGGUCUGCAAAGCCGUGCAGUUAGGGACGUUAUUCGGGGUCUGUCGUGUUCGUCGUUUACAAUGGAAAGUCAACUGCAAAUGACGUCCAAUGACAGACGUUCGGCAAAAUUCAGAACAAACACUCCACUCGAACUGAAAAGGCAGCGCUGGGAAGGCAAAGCAAAACAGGUCAAUCAUCUUGCAUUUGAGCCGAAGAAAAUCACAUCCUACGACUUCACUGCAGAUGGCACAGAUGGCAGGAGGUCUACCAGACAUGCGUCCACAGCCUUUCUAGAAAUUCCAUUUCUGCAGAGACCCUGGUCAGCCCGAGUCAUGGAGAGGAAAUCCCACUGGACGAGAGGAAGCACGUCUCUCCCAGAAUGCAGUUCGGCAAUCAAGAAUGGCCUGUUUGACUCCCUGAGAGCUGAAGGGUCCGUCUGCCAUCUGCAAGAAAGAGCGAGCAGCAGAGGCUCCCUACCCGGCACGUCUCGGCUUUUGAAGAAGAGAUUUACAAGCGCGGCCGAGUUUGCUCCUGAGACACAUUCCCAAAUAUCGACAUUCAACACUGAAAGUGAACCUGAAAGUCUGUCAGUGGAAGACCUCGGUAGCCAACCAGAGGAGCUGCCAGAAUUCCCCAUUAAAAGACUAAACUCAGUUCCUCCGGACCCACCGGACCCACAUGGAUCUCCCGAGUCUCUGCAUUUUUACCUGCCACGGCCAAACAUGGAGGUCCAGGAGGAAGAGGAAGCCCCCCGUCUGAGGUUCCAGAUCCCACUUCAAGACGGCCUGGACACUUUGCAUUAUCUGGAUGCAGACCAUGAUGAAGAAGAACAAGAAGAAGAAGACACAAACAUGAUGAGAACCAGCAAGAAGCCUCCUGCCAAAAACCCUCCAGGUCGACAAAUCCAAAAUGUCCCUCGGAAGAGAAAACAGAUGACGUCUGGUCAGAACAAUCCCGCCACAACUCCAACCGUUCUUCCAAGUGGCUGCCCUGGUAUAAGUGGACAUUCCGGUGGAAAAGCCAGGCACCUACUGGAAGAAGCACGAGAUGAUGCCUUGAACCGUGUGGAGGAUACGCGGGAGGACAGGAGCUUAAGCCACAGCAGUGUGAGGAAGUCAGACACUAAUUACUACGAGAGGGCUCGUCUCAUGUCCGGAUGUGGGGACAGCGGCAGGGUGAAGACCACAAAGACCAUUGAGUUCAGCCAACAUGGCCCAAGGGAGACCAAGACGGUGUUGGUGAUCCAAGCCAGUAAAGGCCCACCAAGGCCUAGAAGUGGAGUCUCCAUAAUGACCGGAGUGGAGGGUAUUCGGGCGUCCUGUCUGGAGGCUUCAUCUCUCUGCUAAUCAUGGACAGUGCAAGGCGGUGGGUGUUCUUUAGGGGGUCUUCAUGUAGGAAUGACCAAUGCAAGCUAAUGGAGGACCAAAUAUGGGUUUGAAAUCUCCAAAUCCUGACUACAAAGAUUGGAAGGGUUUGCCUUCAUGUUAUCCAUCCAGUGACUGAUCCCACUAAGUCCAUUUUAGGGCCACCAGAGUGAAUCACAGAAGGGACCACCCCUGCACAGGAGACUGGUGUAUGACCACGCCUGAUAAAUUGCACACCCACAUUCAUUCAAAAGUUAACACUUCGAUACUUCAAUCUUCAUUUUCAUCCGGGUGGGCUCACUGUCCGAAUCAAAGAAGCCAACAGCUGUUAAUAUUUUGGGCCAGCCUUUUGCUAUGCCGUUCCAGCUACAACCAAGGUCUUCCCAUCUCAAGGGCCAUCUCAUUGGAGGUCUACCAGAAUGUCAUCAGACAUGCGUACCACAUUUCUUAUCCAUGGGUACUUUCAUUUUAACAUUGCCAUGAUAAGUCCACAUCAGAUCAUCUUUUACAACAUCUUCCUGUCCUCUAGCAUCUUCCUCUGUAAAACCCACCACCUUCAUGU